UCCGACCUUGUCUCCUUCUUUGAUGUUUGUUUUGCGAGAGCUUUUGCAUGCCUAAGGAUGCUUUACUGCAGAUAUGCUCCUUGUGUUAGCGAACCUCUCCCUCUGAUCUCCAGAGGCCUCAAACUGUAUGUUCCGCUCGAAACAGGUCAGAGACGUCCAAUUGGACAGGCAUUGUCAGCCUUGUACCAAUCAGAACAGUUCUCUUGUAUGUUUUCUGAUAUCGAGUACCUUUCCGGGGACACAAGAAUGAAGUUAUUAAUGUCGCCGAAGGAGCCGACUAUCGUCACAUCCCCGAAGGAGUGCCUUGGAGAGUUCUAUCGACGAGAAGAAUUCCGUUAGCGCGGUGACGAACAACGUUGGACGAGCAUCACCUCCAAGCGCCACCACUUUCGAUAUCGAGUCCUCGGCGCUGGAAGCUGCCAAUAGAACUGUCGUUGGAAAGAUUACAUCCAGAAAGGGCUAGAUGGUCCGUGGUGUCUCAGGCGCGAUGUGAAGGUCUCUUUCCAUCUCUUAGGGCAGACCAUGAUCUGGAUCCCCUGUGAACGAUGCGAACAUUGAGUGACGGACGAAGAGUGAUGCUCGAACGGGUGCAGUUCACUUUGCUAGUGCCAUCGAAUGGAACGGAGAAUAUUAUCGGACGCUGUGUCGGGGAAUCACAUCAUGGAAUUGUCCGUGUUGCAGUAUUUGGUGGCCUCCCAUACGUAUCCGCCGGCCUGCAGAUCCAGCGUCAGGAUUUAGGCAGGCCGAACAUGAGCUGAUUGGAGAUACGUGUGCAGACGUCCUGCCCUUGUCAGCCGCCAGUCAUCUCAUCCAAGAGUCAUCGAGUCGUUGCCGACCAAUAGGCACAGGAAGCUCAUUGAACGGUUUUUGUUCCCAUCUUGCGUGCUUUUCGCCCGCCCCGAGUGUUCUUGUGCCUGCACGAAUGUGGGGUCGGGAAUAGUAAGUAUGUCCCGCGGGAACGUCCAAGGCGAUGGAGCCAUGACAGAAACAUCAGGCCGUGUUGUCAAUCUAAAUGCCUGCUGUCUCCCAGCUUAUGGAAGACGAUUGCCCCCUUCGGAAUUUUCUAAUCGGCGUUGACAGUCCUAUAAGGAGAGCUCUGAUUUGCUACGCUUCCUACGGCUUCCUCGUUGAGUUCGUUGCGAGGAUAUUCGCUUGCCUUUGUACUUGUCCCUCUAGUACACCCACCAUUCUUUUAUUCCGAUGGACUACGAUGCCUUCGAUGCCCUCCUCCACCACAUCUUCAGACAGACUCAAGGCGAUGCCUGGUUUAAGCCUUCCGAGGAGAACAUGCACGCUGGUGUCUGUCUCCGUGUUGACAAUGGCCGCUUUCGUGUCUUUCCUUACGAGAAUCGCUACCUUGAACCUUUCGAGGCAGCUGUCCGCAUUCUCAACCCUGUCGUUGCUGUCAAGAUGAGAAGUGCUGCCAUCCACGCUGCACUAUCAACUGUCAGAGACGACCAGGAUGCCAUCUUCGUUGAUGGCGAUACUCGUAUUCAAAUUCUGGACACGAUGGCUUGGCUACCCCGCGCCGACAAGGAGCAAUGUGGUGCUUUCAUCCGCGACGAACGUGUACUCGUUGUUUGGUCCUACAAUCUCGACAAUAUCAUCCCGACCUGCCGGGACUUUGAGGACAAGCUGAUCAAAUUGGUUUGGACUCAGCGCUCUGCUUUCACCUCCCUCAGCCCUACCGUCGCGUCCUCGACUACCAACUCCGCCUCCGAUGUCAAUCUUACUGAAAAGCAAUCUGAGGUCGUCAACGAGAAAGAAGUGGAGGCGAUCAUCCAGCGGAAGAAGGAGUCCAGCCAACCGAAGAAGUCCCGAAGCUGGUGCGGUCUAUCGUACUGGGUCUCUGGCAAGAGCGACGCCGAGAAGGCUGUUAAUGGUCCUUCGUCGAGGCCAACACGUCUCCUGGCACCGUUUUACGGAGGACUUGCGGGUGGAUUGUCUGUUUAUUAUCUGGGAAGUGGUGUGAACACCAUGAUUCAAGAGAUCGUUCUCGAUGGUUCAUAUACCCGCCUUGCCCUCCUUGUGACCCUACCCUUCCUUUACUGCAUAUCUUUGUUCUUCUCCAUAGUUAUUGUCGGUAACGUGUCCAUGAUCAUCGGUCCUGUCGCUCAGUAUCAUGAGAAUUCGAAGUACUACUCUGCCAUCCCGCCCUCUCCCGACAAGGAUGUCGACAGCCGGCUCCCUCACAUCACCAUCGAGCUGCCGGUUUACAAAGAAAGCUUGUCUGAAACAAUUGCGCCUUCGGUCUACUCCAUCAAGAAGGCUAUGCAGACAUAUGCUCGCCAGGGUGGUACUUCCGCUAUCCUCGUUCAUGAUGACGGUCUCCAACUCAUCUCCGAAGCCGAGAAGAACGAACGUAUCCAGUUCUAUGCCGACAAUAACAUCGGAUGGGUCGCUCGCCCACCACACUCCAGUGCUCCGGAUGGUUACAAACGUGCUGGUCGUUUCAAGAAGGCGUCGAACAUGAACUAUGGUCUCGCACUCUCGCUCAAGCUUGAGAAGCACCUUGCCGAUCUCCUUGCUAAGGCUGAGGGGUCCGGCGAGGAUAUCGACGAGGAGGAAAACAUCGAGGAUCAGGCAUUGGAAUUGGCAAUCGAGGAGAUUUACGAGGAAAGUGGACGCCGCUGGAAGCCUUGGGCCUGCAACGGCAAAUCACUUCGCGUGGGUGAACUGAUCCUCAUCGUCGACGCCGAUACGCUUGUCCCCGAGGACUGUUUCCGUGAUGCUGCUCGAGAGCUCGCGGAAUGCCCCGAAGUCGCCAUCAUCCAACACGAGUCCGACGUUAUGCAGGUCGCCCACCACUACUUCGAGAACGGCAUUGCGCACUUCACUCGUCGUAUCAACAGGGCUAUCUCACUCGGUUGCUCCAAUGGAGAGAUUGCACCCUUCGUCGGUCAUAAUGCCUUCUUGCGGUGGUCUGCUCUUCAGGAGGCUGCCUUUGUCGACCCUGCUGACGAUAUUAAGAAAAUCUGGUCGGAGACAAACGUCUCAGAAGACUUCGACAUGGCUUUACGUUUGCAACUCAAAGGGUACAUCAUUCGUUGGGCGACGUACUCCGACGGUGGAUUUAAGGAGGGUGUCUCCUUGACCUGCGACGAUGAGUUGAAUCGUUGGCAGAAGUACGCAUACGGUUGUAGUGAACUGAUCUUCCAACCUCUCAUCGAGUGGUGGAGAUCAGGCCCGAUCACCAAGCAACUCCGCAUUUUUGUGUGGUCUGAUGCACCUAUACACUACAAAAUCAGUAUGCUGUCUUAUAUGUUUUCUUACUAUGGUAUUGCCAUUGGACUAGUACUUUCACUCGCAAACUAUCUUCUUCUCGGAUGGGGCUACGAAGUGGAUGGAUUCUAUCUCAGGAGUUUCGAGAUCUGGCUUGCUUGUGCUAUCGUCUUCCCUUGCGCGGGUAACAUUGGUUACAUCCUCCUUGAAUACCGUCUCGGACACCGGAGUCUCUUGGAUUCGGCAUGGGAGACACUGAAAUGGGUUCCAUUCUUCUUCUUCUUCUUUGGUGGUCUCAGCAUUCACCUGUCCCAGGCCCUCCUUGCGCACAUGUUCUCCUACAACAUCACUUGGGGCGCAACUAAGAAGGAAGUUGAGCGGUCGAAUUUCUGGCUUGAAGUUCCCAAGAUCAUCAAGCGUUUCUGGAUGGCAUUGGUCAUGUGCAUCGUGAUCGCUGCUGCGAUGGCAAUUCUGUCAACCAAUCUCAUUCCAUCGGGUUGGCGCAUUCCUGGAAGUGAUUGGGCCGUCAUUCUUCCUCUUGCACUUUGUAUUGGGUGCCAUGCGCUCUGGCCUAUCGUCUUAAACCCUUGGCUUAUGAUCUUCUCGUACUGAACCUCAUGCCGUGCUCACGCCCGUAUUCACGAGUCUCACUAUUUUCAUUACGUCAUCGUUGGAUUCAAGAUGCACGAUGUACUUACACUCUUUUGGACUUUAGUGAUGGGGUCACAAUGUUUCCCACUCACGGACUGAUGUAUCGCUUUCCUCACUCUGUCCUUUCCCUCCGUCGUCUCUGUCGUACAUGUUUAGAGUUUCUGUUUAUACCUCACUGUCGCUUACUUGGGUCUAGGGUUGUCAUUUCUCGGGAUCUUAGGAUAAUUGGGAGUUUCUCCUUCUAUACGCACCUUUGCCUUGAUAGACUGUAUAGCUACUAUUCGUGUAUUAAUCAUAACACCAUGCAUAGUUUCCAUUGAGCAUCGU